AUGAAGCCAAUAUUUACAAGUGAUAAAAUUCCAAGGUGUUCUAAGCUCACCAUGCAUAAAGAUUCACACUCAAUUUCCAAGAUGAAGCCAAAAAUACGAAUAAUUCAUAUAAUUGCUCCACAGAUUAUUAAAACGGACGUUGAAAAUUUUCGCGAGCUUGUACAAAGGCUGACGGGAAAGCAUGCAGCAGAAGGUAAAGGAAGCAACAAGAAAAGAAAAGAGUUGAUAAAUCCUCAAAGGAAAAUGGAAGAAGAAAGUACUGAAGAGAAAAAUUAUAGAGCUGAGAAUUUGUCGAAUGGAUUUUGGAGUAGGUAUGGAAUGGAUGAGGGAUUCAUUCAAAACUUUGGCGAAUUUCCUGUGUUUCCUUUCAAGUCUACUCAGAUUAAUAUGUUUGGUGAGACUGAGAUGCCCCUUUGCUAG